AUGAAUUUUAAGAGUCAUCAUCAUCAAACCACGAACGCGAAGAACGUGGUUUUAGGAGGACGAAGGAUUCGUCGCUUCUCUGCAAGAACGACGACGAAGAGAACGACGACGACAACAAUCAAGGCUUUGUACGGGUAUCGAGGAACAGAAAUUGUCGACCCUUUGGAGCAACUGGAACGUUUAUUUCCAGAGGUUCCAGAGCCGGUGUUGAAAAUAGGGAAAACGGUAUACGAAGUCGUUUUAGAGCCUUUAUACGAGCAGUUACCAUUACCGGACGUGGCCAAAGACUUUGUCGAACAAUUAGCUCUGGAUGAAAAAGUGAACGGGUGGACUUUAUACACGAACGGGACGCCGUUUGAGGAGUUUCUUUUCGUCGCGUUUGUCGUGUUUUAUUUAACCGCGCAGCCGGGGAUUUUGGGGUACGCGUUCGAUGAAACCGUCGCGAGAGCGAUACAAACAGCCACGGCUGGGAAUAAGUUUGGCAAAAGAGGUUCGAACGUAAACUUAGGCGGGAGAAUCGGGGACGGGUCGUUCGGGACCGUCUAUCGAGGACGAUUAAAUUCCAGCGAGGCGGAGAAUUUGGUCUUGAAGUUUGCGAAAAAUACAACCGGCGCGAGCGGGUUACAACGCGCCGAACGACACAUGAACGAACGGAUAUCCCGAGACAUUUUCGUCGCCGGCGGUUGCGCGUCUUACGUCGGAUCUUACGAGGAAAUUGAAGACGCGGCGGCACCGGUUUUGGUGUGGAAAUUCGCCGGCGAUGAAAACACGCUCGAAGAUUACGUGUUGGAUAGAAAUUUUCCGAGCGCGUUAGAGGUGGCGCUUUUUGGGAAAUCUCAAGAGGAUAAAGAUUACGACGCGAGGUGUUACGCCGUCGCAAAGAAAAUCACGCAACAGUUGUUGUGGUCGUUGAGAGGGUUACACUCCAUCGGUAUAGUUCACAGAGACGUGAAACCGGCGAAUUUAGUCAACGAAAACGGACGAUUCAAACUGAUCGAUUUCGGCGGCGCCGCGGAUUUACGAAGCGGCGUGAACUACGAACCGGAAGUUUCCAUCUUAGACCCUUCGUUCUCACCACCAGAGGAUUUUAUCAUGCCUGAACGAACGCCGAGAGCGCCUCCGGGUGCCAUCGCCGGCGCGCUUUCUGUCCUUCCGUGGACCGUCUUCCAACCGCAAUUAUUCGAUAGCUAUUCCGCCGGCCUCGUCUUACUCCAGUUGGGAUGCCCGCAACUCAGAGGCAAACGCGUGUUAGAACCAUCCGGGUCGUUCCAGCGACGGUUACAGGACGAAAACUACGAUUUGCGCAAAGUGCGCAAAGACUUAGCCGGAAACUUAGGCUGGGACUUUUCCGCUCUCGAUCGAAACGGCGGCGCCGGGUUCGAUUUAGCCUGUCGACUCGUCGCCGCCAGAGGUAUCACGCGAAGAGGUCGAUUAGACGCCACGCAGGCGCUGUUGCACCCGUUUGUACUUUUACCUUUUUAA